AUGGCUGGGCUGGAGGACAGGGAAGGGCACGGCGAUGUCAGGGACCGCGCUGUCCCCGGGGAACCGCGGCCGCCCAGAGCCCUCCUCGGCCCCGCCGCGUGCGGUGGGACCCCCGGCUGCGGGGAUGGCAGCGGCCGGACCCGCACCCCGCUGCGGGACGGGACGAGCAGCGCGGCCAGGACGGGACUGCAGAGGCGCCCCGGGACGCGGGCAGGGGGCGCGGGCAGGUCGGGGGUGCGGGAGCACGUGCGGGGGUGCGGGCAGGGCGCGGAGCCAGCGCCAGGGACCCCCGGCCGCACCUCCCGGGCAGCCCCCUCCGGCUCACCCCCGCUCCCGCAGCCCCCGGCGCUCCCGGCUCCUCCCGGUCCCGCAGCCCCCGGCACUCCCGGCUCCUCCCGGUCCCGCAGCCCCGGCGCUCCCGGCUGCCCGUUACCCCCGGCCCCGCAGCCUCCGGCGCUGCCGGUCUCACAGCACCGCGAGCCGGCACCAGCGGGCCGGGAGGGAGAAGGAGGGAGCGGGACUCACCGUGGAGGUGCCGGUGGUGGUGCCGCCGCUCCCCACCCGCCGCCGCCGCUGUGCGCCCGGCCCGGCCCGUGCGGCCCCUUUAUACCGCGGCGGGGCCGGCACCGCCCGCAGCCCGCGGGGGCCCCGCCCGGCACCGGCACCGGCACCGGCACCGCCGGCACCGCCCCCGGCACCAGCACCGGCACCGGCUCCAGCUCCGCCCGCAAGCCCCGGGAACCCGCCCCGCACCGGCAGUACCUGGCACCGGCCCCAGCCCCGCACUGCGGGAGUGAUGACCGGCACCGGCGGCACCGGCGGCACCGGCAUCAGCAGCACCAGCGCUGCACCGGCACCGGCACCAUCGCAGGCAUCACGGCACCGCUGCUACACCGGCAGCGGCUCCGGGGCUGCACCGGCACCGGCAUCAGGUGCGGGCAGGGCUCGGAGCCAGCCCCGGGGACCCUCGGGGUGGAGGAGGCACUAGGAAGGUGUCCCCUGUCACCCCCAAACCAGUGGCAGGAGAGGGACAGGGAGCGGCCCCUCCAUCUCCCCCCGCCCCGCUCUUGGGACCCCUCUCAUGACACCCACGUGUCACCCUCCUGUCCCCCCGCGGCAGGAGCCACCCGUGUCACCCCGUCCCCGUGGCUGUGGGUCAUCCUGGGGACAGCAGCACGCUGUCCCUGUGCCAGCCUGACGGCAGGGGACAGCCAGCUCCUGGAGGGGCCAUUCUGA